AUGCCACUGGUAGACUACGAUGAUUCUUCCUCCGACGACGAUGUCUUAGCCACCGCCAAGGAGGAGAAGAAACCUCUGCCACAAUCGCAACAUAAACCAUCUCUAGCUCAAUCUUUUCCUCCUCCAAAUACACAGAGAUCUUUAAAUGAGCAAGAAGAGAGUGAUGCACUUCCGAAGCUACCAGAUGCUUUGCUUCUACUGGAGUCACCGUCACUCGCACAGGUGAGUGGUGGCGGUGACCAUGCUUCAGUUGUUGCAGCUGCGAGGGCAGAGAGUGCGUUAAGGAAAAGAGAUUUGAAUGGGAAUCCUUCUUCUCUUCUUCCUCGUCGUCCCAAGCUACCAAGAGGAAAUCUGCCUCAUUCCAAGAAUGUUCCUGAAACUUUGGGUAAUGUGCUUGUGCCUCCUCAGCUCAAGGGAAGGAGUAAUGUCGCCACAGAGGAUAUGAGCAGGCUUUUUGUGAAAAAACGGCAAGAGUCCUCCAAGGCAACAUCUCCUGCCAAGGAUUAG